AUGGAGUCCACGACUACUUCUACAGGGUCCAAGACUGCAUCCAACACCGUUUCAAACCAAGAUGAACUUCGUAUUCGUCAACUUCUUCGAGAUCUUCAAGUCGAUACUGGAGAUGUGGUCUUAUUCGACCGUAAAUGCUCAUCCAUGGGCCUCUACGGCGGCGCUAUUUGCGUAUGUGCCAAGUUGUUUGGUCAGACACAAUGGGACCAUAAUGGAAUUAUUAUUCGUGCCCCUUCCUUGGCUCCAGAUGGAGCAUCUCCUGAGGAUCAACUGUUUGUACUGGAAGCAUCAAUCACGGGCGUGAAAUUACGACCACUCGUAGCUCGUGUGCUGCGCAGUCGUGGCCAUGAGGUCUCUUUACGUAAAUUACAGACGACCCGCACACCCGAGCUCCAAAAUAGAGCAUUAGAAUUCGCACUUAGUAGUUUAGAUACUCCCUAUGAGGAUAAUUUUGCCAAGUUUUUUAAUGCAGGGGUGUCGGUACCUAAUCGUAUUGCUCGUGAACGGAUUUUUGCAGCUUUAAUGACUCUAAAAAAAGAGCUUGCAAGAAUUGAGACGGAACUGGCACAUCGCGAUAAAAUGCCACUUUUUGAGAAAAAAGCACUUUUACACGAACGACAAGUUGUGAAUUUACAGUAUCAGGCACUAGGAAUGCAACUUCAAAAGACCGAACGAUCGAUGUUUGAAAAUGCCGUGGUGGAGAAAGAAGUGAAAAGUACGAAACUGUUUUGUUCGCAAUUGGUAGCGGGAAUGUAUCAGCACUUGGGACUUUUAUUACCGUAUCCAUCGGCCAAUUCGUAUCUGCCAAAACAUUUUAGUGCAACGGAUGGAGGAGAUUUUCUGAAACUACAACAAGGAGCAAGUUUUUUGCCGGAAAUUUCAUUGCGACAACAGUUAGAGAAACAAGCAACAACGUUUGCAACAAGAGUGCACGAAGCUAUGGAACGUGGACCACGGACUGUUAGUGAAACUGCUACGAUCGUGCAUUGUUUGCGACGUCAUCAACUUUUUCACACACUAAGUGAGCCAGAUUUAGUAGCUACAGCUUCGCAAUUCCGACGGCGUGUAUUGACAAAUGGAGAGGUGGUUUUUUAUCAAGGAGCUUCUGGGAAUUGUUUCUACAUUAUUGAGAAAGGUGAUUGCGAUGUCUUUGUUGACUAUGACUACCUACUAAAGACACAAACAGCACUGGAUGUGGUAGACUCCAAUGAUGCUCCAAAUUCAGACCUUAAACGGCGGAUUGCGUUACAUAAGCGGAAAACCAUUGCACUACCUGAGUUUAAGACAUCAUCAAGUCUUGUAGGCAAAAACGAGCGCGUUCAUGUAGCUACGAAAGGCCCGGGCAACGCUUUUGGUGAAUCUGCGCUUAUUUACGAUACCCCACGACGUGCAACAAUUCAGGCUAGCUCUUCCGACUCGGGUGACGACGAAGAAGCUGUAGUUUUGUGGCAACUAGAUAAGCGUACGUUUCGUGAGGUGUUAGCGCGUCAUCCGGGUACCCAACAGUCUCUAGAAGAACGUCGUUUUUUGCUUGAGAGUUUGGAGGACCACCCGCUGUUUGCCGAGCUUGACGAUCGUGCAAAGGCAUUGGCUGUACGCAAAUGCUUUCCACUAAGCGUGCGAGCAGGUACGACUAUCUUGCGGCAAGGCGACCCUGGCGACUACUUCUACCUCGUUGAAAGUGGCCGAUGUGAGGUGUCACGUCGCAAGCCAAAUGCAGCUAAACCUUUUGUGGAUCGGAUCAUUGGACGUGGUGCUAGUUUCGGAGAAGCUUCGUUGUUGUACAAUAGCCGUCGCGGUGCCUCAGUGAAGGCACUUGAGGAUGCCAAGAUAUGGUGUAUGGACCGCGCAAGCUUUGUCACAAUCACGCGCAGUGGUUCCAGUGCCCUAUACAAAAUUUUCCGGAAAGUAGGCACUACAGUCGUCUCCGGCUUGAGCGAGAGUUUUGCUACGGAACGUGACUUGCGUCGUAUGCUUACAGACCCUCAGCAAAUACAAAUGGUCAGGCAUAGUGCCAGCGAGGACGACAAUGGUAACGAUAAUACCGAAGACUUUGAAACGAUGGUAACACCUUCUACUCCACUGCCAUCAGCGCAAGCUUACACUCGUGCAGUACAGCUCGCGUUGUCACUUUUACUCAACGAUCCAUCUGGACUUAUCAACUUUUCUCAGUUUGCGCAUUUCCACAUCGCCUUGGGCGCUUCUAAUAUGGAUCAGCUCCUUCCAGAGGCUGCUUUCCGCGUUUUGAAGGCAGUGACAGACUCAUGUGAUGGCGGCAGUACCCGCGCAUCGAUACCGUCUGCAUCGCCAUCUCUUUUCGAUCUAGACGACCCAGACCAAUCUGCAAUCAAACUGAACAAUCUUCCUCGUGCUAUUCACCAGUGGGUUUCUACGUGUGACCCAACGGAAGCUGAGUCAGAGGAGCUAGAGUCGCCUGUGCAGAUGACACCUGGACGCUUGGCAUUCUAUGAGAGUUUGUUUGACUUGCCAGCGCAUCAAUUAGGUGACCAAUAUGUCACACACGACGACCUAGUGCGCGGAAUUACAGCGUUUGAAGUGGAGAACGCUCGAUCCAAAGGUAAGCAAAGUGACAAUCAUCCUCAAUCAGAAGAUACUUUGGCAGCCAAGGAAGAGUUUCGAGCUUUUCUAGCUACUCUCAAGUCUGACAUCAGCGCGCUGCGCACCAUCUGGCGAGCUGCUGAGCUACAAGCUCAUGGUGUAGACCGUGCUGGUAUAUUCAAUGACCAGCAAAAGCUCUCGUUCGAUGCCAGUCUUAAGUCUGGUUGGAUUUCUGCUCUUCGGCAGAACCCGACCGGUAGUGACUGGGAAUAUUUACAGCCCGAGAUGGAAGCUGAUAGUCAGAAGACGGCUUACAACAACAUCAACGCGACAAUCCAAAGACAACAGCUGACAGCCCAGGUUACUUCGUUUGCCGCUGCUAUCACCGCUGGUGCACUGGCCCGUACUGUGUGUGCGCCGCUGGAGCGGCUAAAAAUUAUGAUGCAAUUGUCCGCCCCUAAGCCAACACCCGUCGCAGCUGUGACCGCUACCGCUAAGCUUUUUUCCGGUACUGCGCCAUACCAGUCGUUAACGAGGGGUUUUUUGAACAUGGUAAAGCUCAGUGGACCGCGCAGUUUGUUCAGCGGAAAUCUCACGCACUGUAUGUGGGUGAUGCCUUCAGUACCCACGAAGUUUGUUUUGUGCCACGUCUACCAGGGGCAGCUUGGGCAUUUGUUUUCCGAAUCUUCUGCUCCUUUUGGUGCGAUUGGAAAUGGCCCUCGGGCUUCUGCGACUAUGGCUAACCUCGCAGUAGGUGGUCUCGCCGGUCUGACGCUGAACUGUCUAUUGUAUCCGUUGGAUGUUAUCCGUGGCCGGCUUACUGUGCAGCAAUACUACAACGCCAACCGUCCAUCGAGUGGCAUCAUAGAUUGUGCGCGCUCGAUCUGUAGCAAGGAAGGUUUGCGUGGAUUUUACCGAGGUUUUGUACCCGCAAGUCUCGGUGUCUUCGUUUACAUUGGGUGCAAUUUUUCCAUUUACGAGUCUUUGCGGCCAGUGUUUGUGCUCUACGACAGAGAAGACACGAGCAACCAGCUCGGUCACCUCAGUGUACCAGGUCAGAUCCUAUGCGCCACCACGGCAUCGAUAGCGUCGCAGUGCAUUUCGUACCCGUUCGACGUCAUCCGGCGGCGUUUUCAGCUACAAGGCGCUAAGUGGCACCCAGAGCUCGUGUUUCCGACGUACGAAAGCGCAUGGCACUGUGUAAAGUCGUCUAUAGAGGAAGAGGGAGGUGGUCUACGAGGUUUACGCUCACUUUACCGUGGUUUAUUCGUGAAUGCGGUGAAGGCGCUGCCGUCCACAGUGAUCUCGUUCAUCAGCUAUGAAAAGCUGCGUGAAAUGAAGCACAGCGCUGAUGACGUGUAG